AUGCUGGAGCUCUCGGGAGGUUUCGCUCUUAUCUACACAUCGUCUGCUAUGCAGUUCGGUGAUGAUGAAAAGAAGGAGUCUGCACCUUACUGGUUGCUGAUCAAACCACCGGAGAAUGACCUCGAGCAGUCCAAGGCCGAGCUCAGCGCUGCAGCGAUGUUCAGACGCAGGGACGAUGCCAAGCCGGAAGUGCUGGUGGAGUCCAACGGCGCCAGCCUGCCCUUGGCGCCGCAGGCGCAGCUGGGGACCUGCGUGGUGGACCGGCACCGCGUGCUGCAGGUCUGCCUGGGCCGCGAUCACGGGGUGCUGCUCUCGGACGCCGGGGUGGCCUUCACCUGGGGGGACAACCGCUACGGGCAGCUGGGAAGGACCCCGGUGCUCAAGGAAGAAUUCGGCAGGCCGUUUCCGGUGCUGGGCCUCAGCGGGUACGAGGUCACCCAGGUCAGCGCGGGGCACCACCACUGCCUGGCACUGGUGGCCCCAGGGCUGGUUUGGGCGUGGGGUCGCAACAAGCAGGGCCAGCUGGGCAUCGGGGACUUCAGGGACCAGACCCAGCCGGUGAAGGUUUGCCACCCGCCCAUCGCGGAGGGUAUGGACUCGCUGCAGCUGGGCGCCAACAAAGGCGGCGCCAUAGUCACAGUGAACGCCGGCUGCGACAGUUCCCUGGCCGCGGCCGGCAACGCCGACGUCUGGCAGUGGGGGGAGAUCAGUGAUGGCUUCGCAGUGCCUGUGAACAAUCCAGACAAGUCCAAGAAGAGCGGAUUGUCGGUGGUGAAGAGUAGGCCGUACUGCGUCUUUGACAAGGCGGCCUUCCGUUCGCAGAUGCGGUCAGGACGCAUUUCCGUGUCUUCCACGGGAUGCAAAGUGCUGCACCAGGACACCUUCACCGACAAAGUUCGGGCGGAGACAUUGGUGCAGGGAGUGCAGGACUUCCAGUCCAGCAUCAAUCAGGACAGGAAGGCCCUCAUGGAGUUGGAGAAGGAGUUGGAGGUGAAGAAGGCCUUCGACGAACCGCUCGCUUCUCGCUUACAUUUCGCCAUGGCUUGGAGUGGCGCGGCGCUACUCUCCGCGGAGCUGAAAGUUGCGCUGGAGGAUGCCACGGUGCUGGUGCUGCUGGUGCUGGAGGUCUUGGCUGUCCUUGCAUGGUGGAGAGCAGUCAGAGGCUCCAAGUCGACGCGACAGGACGGGCAGGCCUUGCCGGAAGCGCCCGCGGCGGUCGUGGCCCUGCCAGAGACCGACGAGGCGCCGGUUUGCCGCAGCAUGUCGGAACCCACUGCUGCUGCGGAGCAGGCACCCGGGCCCAUCAGCCGCAGCGUGUCUGACUCCUUGGCGAGCUCAGCACAGGCGGUGUCUGGCGAGCUCGAUACACUCGCAAGGCGCCUGGAGAGGUGCCUCAUGAAGGUGCAGCUGGCGCAGGGUCGUGCUCCGCGCCUGCGCGCGGAGCUUGAGCUUCUAACUUUGCUCGGCGCGGCCAGGGAUCUCCUCGAGAGGUCCUUGCGUCAGCCCCGCAGCGUGCUGGCGCAGGUCUUUGGGACCUGUGACCGCGUGGCGCGGCUGCGGGCGGUCCUAGACGCGCUGCGCCUGUCCGAAGGCCGGCGAAGGGACCGGCGCCUGGUGACCUGCCGGACUGCCUGCGACGCAGUGGAGGGGGUGCUGCGGGAUGGGCUGCAGGAGAAGUCGUGCUUGCCUUCGGUUUUCCGCGAGGAGAAGUCGUGGCGAGCGAUGUGAUCGGCCAAAGGUGCCGAACGAAAAUUGGCCAAGCGGCCGUGCUCCGCGUGUGCGGUGCAACGUUUAGUGGGGUUCGUUGUGGUUGGGCUCCCGUGGUGUCCGAUGCGGAUAGGG